AUAUUGUUUGAUAACAUCGAAAUGAAUAGGGGAUACUCCUAUGAUAACAACACGGGAAUUUUCAAAGCCAAAAGGACUGGGUACUACUCCUUCUACAUGACGGCUAGAACCGAGUCCCAUCGCUAUGUCAUGAUGGAACUUCGGAAGAAUGGCGUCAGGGUGGGGUCUAUCACUAAUGACGUUUUGCCUGCCAACAGCUGGCAUUUUGAAGAUGGUGCGAAUGCUAUAGUGCUUGCCUUGAACAAGGGAGAUGAAAUGACGGUCCAUGCCAACGGCACGCUGCAGAGUGGCUCUACUUUAACCUUGUUUUCAUUGCGAACUCUAAUGGAAUCUCCUCAAGAAGUCUUAUAUGCCAGCAUCCCUGACGGCACUGUGAUUCAAGGAGGCCCAUGGGAACAUCUAGCUUAUGAUGACGUACACAUCAACACAGCCCAAACUUUCACAGCGAACACCAAUUACACCGUGUCUAGCUCCGGAUAUUACGUCAUCAGCAUGACCACCUGUCUCCUGGACUCGGCCAUUCACGCCUCUUACCUCGAUGGCCGUUUUAAGAUGAUUCAUUACUCAACCUUGUCGGUUUCUACUCGAACCUCAAACUCCUACACAUUUAUGGCCAGAUAUAAUCAGGGUGACGUCAUACAGAACCAAUUCUAUACUUUCAACACGACACGGGUAUCAAAUGAAACAUCUAUUGCAGUGUUCAAGUAUUUUGAUUUGAAUGAAACCAAUGUGGUUGUAGUGACAGCUACUCAAAAGGAAUUUCAUUUGUCUUGUGAGCAAGAAUUUUGUAAUCCGUUUGCCAAUGGAGCUGUACGUGAAAACUUGGGUUCAGCCUUAGACCCCGUUUCUGGGGUUUUCACCUCGCCCCGUUUUGAUAUGUACCUCAUUUCCGUCAAUUUGUUUGCAACCCAGGUGGACACCAUUUUUCAGAUACUUGUCGAUGGUGAAGUUAUAGAUACCAUUCGCAGCGAUGGACCAGCAAAUGACAACUUCACUAAUGAUAGCAAGCUGGUUCUGAUUAAGAGUCUGGAAUACGGUCAAACAGUAGAGGUUAAAAUGAAAGGCCGGACGCUGUUCUUCACCAUGCUCUCCAUUUGGACUCUGACUUCCUGAUCUGAAAACGAGGCCUUAAAGAGCUUCAAGCAUUGCCAUGUUUUUUGCUUUAU